CAAAUCUUCAUUAUCUCCCACUCUUUUCUCUCUUAGAUCAAUAGAUCUCUCAGAAUUUCUUGCAAAAAACCACCUGAAAAUAAUCAAACAUCAAAAGGGGAGUGCCAAUUCCGAUAACAGAAUCAUCAAAUGGGUGCCAGCAUCACUCUAGGCGGCGCCAAUUCUUCAGUGUCUCAAUCCCAUUACCAUACUCACAAGGUUUUCUUGUUCUGCAACUACAUUCUACUAGGUGCAGCCUCCAGUUGCAUCUUCUUAACCCUUUCGCUUCGCUUAGUCCCUUCAUUGUGUGGCUUCUUUCUCAUUCUCCUUCAUGUCUUAACCAUUGUUGGGGCAGUUUCAGGCUGUGCUGCAGCCUCAUCAGGGACUAAUAAGUGGUACGCUGCACAUAUGGUGGCCACAGUGUUGACAGCUAUAUUUCAAGGGUCAGUGUCGGUUUUGAUUUUUACAAGAACUGGGGGUUUCCUAGGGAACCUAAAGUCAUAUGUGAGGGAAGAAGAUGGUGAGGUGAUAUUGAAGCUUGCUGGUGGGUUGUGUGUGGUGAUCUUUUGCCUGGAGUGGGUUGUGCUUACUCUUGCAUUUUUCUUGAAGUAUUAUGCUUACGUGGAAGGUGAUGCUAAUGAUGGUGGCAAUAUUGCUAUGAGGAGGAGUGCUAAGGUGCAGCAAGACGAGGACCUGAAGGAUUGGCCAUGGCCUUUCCAAGUAUAAUCAAUCUGGGUUUGCUGGAUUGUUUUCAUGGUCAUGUUUAUGUCCUUGUGGUGCUUCUGCCAUAAUUCUUUAUUUGAAUUCAAUUAUGAGUAUCAACUUUUUUGAUAUAGUGUGAUUGGUUUUUGUAUGGAAUCAUGGAUUGAUAUAUAAAAUGGAUUGUGCUUAAAUUCA